AUGAAGGAGACCACACGGCCCUCUCCAGACCAGGCUGCUCCCAUGAUAAAGCACAAGUUCAAGUUUUCAUUUGAUGUGGGAAAUGAGCCACCCCAAAUUGUGGCAGAAGCCCCAGCACACAUUCAUUGCCAUGAAGGGGAGGCAGUGGUGGUGGAGUGUGCUGUGUCUGGGCAGCCCUCACCAGCUGUGGCCUGGUCCCUGAAUGGCCAGAGCCUCUCUGCCAGCGAGAGGCUGAGGUUUGAGGAAGACAAGAAUGGUAUGUGUCGCUUACACAUCCAAGGGGUCUCUGUCGCAGAUGCUGGUCUGUAUCGUUGUGUGGCCAAGAAUGUGGCUGGAACCGCACAGACUGCCUCUGAGCUGACAGUGCAGCCCAGUCCACCAAGGUUUUAUAGCACAGAUGGAGGCACUGAGGAAUUGCCUGCUGUGGACCAUGUUCUGCACCUCCAAGGCCUCAGCACACUUGUGAAGGAUGAAGAGGAACAGAUCACAUGUUCCAAGGAGGAGGAAGCCCACCUACCCUGGUCCCUGCAGCCAUCUUCGUCUCCUGGUGAGCAAUUAGAAGAGCGUGAGAAAACGCCUAACUUCAGGGAAAGUGAGAUGAAGGAAACGAUGGUGCUGGAUAUCAUGGAAGUUUAUGCAAAGCAAGAAAUGGAUUAUACAGAAGAAAGUGUGAGGGAUACAGACAGUAUUUCUGAGAUGAGGCAGCAUAGGGAAAAAUCUGUCUCUGAGGAGCACAGCUUUGGAAUUGAUGCCACUGAGCUGCACCCCAGCAUGUCCAGGGAAGAGCAUGAACUGGUGGCCAAGGACUCUGGUCACUUUUCAGAGGAGCUGGAGGCUGAAGGAGACAAGGUGGUACCACCUACAGAUACUCUGUCCUGGGACAUCUUGAAGUCACCAUUUAUGGAAGUGACAGGGCAAACACAUGCCUCUGAGCAAUCUGCUCUGACAAGGGAGUGUGAGGAUUCACAAUUUUUCAUUCCUGUAUCACCUGUGGUGCAAGAGGGGAGUGAUGUUUACAUGGAGGAGAGUGAUGCUUCUGCCUGGGAGGCAAUGUCUCCUGAUGUGCCCCUAGUAGAACAGCCAAGUGUGCCCCACCUGCAGGACAACAUUGCAAACACACCCACAAAGGAGCAGUUUGGCUGUUAUGACUUCUGUACAGAAGAACAGCGGAAGGAACAGACCAAGAAGCAAGAGGGUUCAGUUGAUAUUGAACAGGACAUUGAGGCCGAUGAUCACCUUUGUAAAGAAGAAACGACUGAUGCUGGGGAUGCUUCACACUGGGAAAUGCACAAUGAUGGACAAAUGCUGCAAGAAAUGGAGUCUGACGCAAGCAACUCUUCUUUGGAUCGAAUCCUCACUCCUCCUGGCAUAGAAAACUCAGGUCAAGAUCUUACUGAGGAAGUUGAGGUUCACCUAAAAGAAGUGCAUUUCAAAGAGCAGCUAUUGCCAUCUGAGACUGAGACCAAUAUCACAUUUGAUCUGAAGAAGUUUGUAGAGCCUUUCCCAGCUGCAGAGGCUGUGGACACAGAACAGGUACAAACCCCCACAGCUCUAGAGAGUGUGGAGGCAGGAGUGACUGGGCUCAUCUCCCCUGUGCACCAACAUGAUGUGCUUGUGGAAGAGAUGUCUCUUAGUGAGGAGCUGCGUCAGAGUUACAGGAUGCAGCAGGAGCAGGUCAGUACUCAGGAAGAAGCACAGCCAAGAGAAAUCAGAAGGGCUGAUUUGCAAAUCCCUAAUGGGGAUCUUGGCAGCAUCAUGAUAUCUGCUGAAGAAGGAUCUUCUGCUGAAGAAAUUAAUGAGUCAGAGGUGAGUGUCUGUGGGGAGGAUUCACCUGAGGGACAAAUUCAUAGUUUUCUGGUGGAGUACACAGCAGAUUUGCAAAGAGGAGUCCAGGAAACACACAUGUGGGAGAGUGGGGAACAACUGGAGACCACAGACUCCCAGAGUGACAGCUUCAUCAUCGACUUGAAAAAAGCUGCACGUGAAAAGAAACCCCAGGCUGGGCAUCAAGUUGAGGAGGAAGCUUCUGAGAGAGAAAAGGUCUUUGAGACAGGAAUGAGCAGCUCUACCUGUAAGCUAGAAAGCACAGAUUCCCCUGAGGAGAUGCUCAGGGACACCCAACAGGAACCAAACACAGCCAAGGGCUUCUCUUUUAACCAACUCUUACUUGGUUUAAUAAUGGAAGAUCCUGUGGCACAGAAGGAGCAAAGGAAGGAGUCUCAGGGCAAGAAGAGAAUUCCCACUGAGGAAGCCUCUGAGAAUAGCCUGGAUGGAGAAGAACUAUGGGAGGAUAUUUCUCCAGGUCCAGAGCCCAGUGCUAUUCAAGUCUCAGAGCUGGAGCCUGACUUGUCCCUGGCCAAGUAUUUAAGGUCAACUGGGAUGCAGGAAACUCCUUAUCUCAAAGGGACUGUUCAGAAGGAGCAGCGAGAGACCAUCACUUCACUGGAAGUGGAGGAAGUUACCUUCAGCACGGUUUAUGACUAUUACAACAACCAGCAGGAACUCGCCCGGCCCUUCUCUCCUGAGUCAGAAAUGUCUAUAGAGCUGGAGAGCAGGAGCGGAGAGGAUUCACCUGAUUCAGACCACUUCUACACACCUCCAUCCUCAGUGGAGAUCUUUGAAACUGCUUCAUCAGCUUCCUACCACACACCACUCAGCACGCCUGAGUGCUACUCCACACCGUCUGAGAGCUCAGGACACAGCACACCACCUGAGCGCUACUCCACACCAUCUGAGGGCUCAGGACACAGCACAUCACCUGAGCGCUACUCCACACCGUCUGAGGGCCCAGGACACAGCACACCACCUGAGCGCUACUCCACACCGUCUGAGGGCUCAGGACACAGCACACCACCUGAGCGCUACUCCACACCAUCUGAGGGCUCAGUGUACAGCACACCACCUGAGCGCUACUCCACACCGUCUGAGGGUUCAAAAAGCAACACACCCUCAGAGCGCUACUUCACACCUUUUGAGGGACCCUGCUCUGCAUCAGGGGACAGCACACCACCAGAGCACUACCAGACACCCACUGGGGAGUACAUGGACGCUCUGACCAUGCUCCCCUUCUGUGAGACAAGGCAGCAGCCUCCAGACCAGCCACAGGCUGAGGUGUUCAGGACCCCCUGUGAAGCCCUGGAGCCAUCAGGCAGGGAGAUGCCACCUGCUUUCCUCAAGGCCUUGAUCAGGAGGAGGCUGUACAAGGGCAGCACACUGAGCUUUGUGGCUGAGGUGGUGGGUGUGCCCAAGCCUGAGGUGAAAUGGUAUCACAAUAAAUCUCUGUUGGAGCUGGAUGAGAGAGUGCGGAUAGAGAAGGAUGGGGAAAAAUAUCUGCUGGAGAUCACUAACAUCCAGAAAGCUGAUGGAGGGCAGUAUCUGUGCCAUGCAGUAAACAUUGUUGGGGAAGCUAAAAGUAUCGCACAGGUGGAAGUCUUGUCUGAAGAUGGGCGGUCACUAGCACUGCCACCUCCUGUCACCCACCAGCAUGUUAUACAUUUUGACCUGGAACAAAAUACAUCUUCAAGGUCACCUUCACCACAGGAAAUCCUCCUGGAAGUGGAGCUGGAUGAAAGUGAGGUGAAGGAGUUUGAGAAGCAGGUCAAAAUUGUAACCAGUCCUGAGUUUAGCCCAGAUAAAAAGAGCAUGGUGGUUUCUCUGGAUGUUCUUCCACUUGCCUUGUUGGAGCAAGCUGCAGGCUUGGCCGCAGAGGAGAAUGAGGAUGUAAAAAUUGAUUUCCAAGUAACUGAAAUGCCUCCCCGCUUUGCCGUGCCCUUUGCAGAUGUUGAGGUGACAGAAGGCUUGGAGGCAGUGUUUGAGUGCGUGGUAACAGGUACUCCUGUCCCAGUAGUGCAGUGGUUCAGAGGUGACACCUGUGUGACACCUGCCACAGGGAAGUAUGUUGUGAGUCACAAGGAGGGACUUCACAGUCUGAAGGUCCAAAAUGUAGGUCUUUCUGAUGGUGGCUGGUAUCACUGUCGAGCGAUGAAUCGGCUGGGAGAAGCAAUGUGCAAAGGGUCUCUCGUAGUCAUGGCUCAGCAGGGAGCAAGUGCUAAGGUGAGCAGUGAGAUAGUCAUGGGCAAUGAACCACACAAGCCUCAGGAGCGUGACUUGCUUUUGAGUAAGACUGUGAGCCCGGGUGACCAGUCAGAAACAGAGCUGGAGUUUGAGCUCAAGCGGCACAUAGACGACCCAGAGAAAGCGAUCCGACUGCUUGCAGUGACUCAACAAGAGCAGGAAGUGGAAGGGGAGAAGUGUGUCAACAUCAGUUUGUUUGCAGAGCCAUCCCAAGAGGAACGAGUUGAGUUUAGGGCAGAGGACUCGGAGAGCUGCAGCUUUGAGUUCCAGGUCACAGAAGCCCCUCCCAGAUUUCUGAGGCUUAUUUCUGACUACAGUACGUUUGUAGGUGCCUCGGCAUGUUUCCAGUGUCUCGUAACUGGUUCCCCCCACCCAAGUGUCUGCUGGUACAAGGAUGGGGUGUUGUUGGAAGGGGACAGGUACUGUGUGCAGGAAGAGGAGGGGGGCUCUCAUAGCCUUACUAUUGAAAACUUGAUGCAAAGUGACAGUGGGCAGUACAAAUGUAUAGCUACUAACAGGGCAGGAACUGCUGAGACUUGUGCUGUGUUAACAUUAUACUAA